AUGGUAAUCAAUUAAUUUUGUGAAUACAAUAAUUAUAUAAAAGCCAUCGCUCGAUAAUAAUCAGGAUUAUAAACAAAAGAGGUUAUGCAACAAAUGGAAUAAAUGUAUUUUACAUAUUUUAAAAGUUAUUUAAUACAAGGUUAAAAUUUAGAUUUUUUUCAUCAACGGGACGAUUUAAUCAUUGACUAUUUGAAAAGAUAAAUAAAAUAAUAUUAUCUACACAACUUGUUUAUAGAGUGA